GUUUCAGUUCUGAAAGAUUGAAAGAUGAACCUGAUACGAAACAAAACUCUUAAGAAAUUUGACGUCACACCGCUUUAUAUUGUAGAAGAUCAUAACGAUGUUGUACCAUUCAUCCACAGGGGUAUUGGCAGUAAACACCUACCUAUUGAGGACAUCAUAUUUGUACAUUUUGACUCCCAUCCAGAUCUACUAAUUCCAUGUGAUAUGAAGGCAGAUGAUGUUUACAAGAAAGAUGUCUUAUAUCAGACAUUAAGUAUAGAGAACUGGAUUAUACCAAUGGUAUAUGCUGGACAUAUCAGUCAUAUUAUAUGGUUUAAACCUCCAUGGUGUGAACAAAUUCAGGAUAAAGUAAUCCAGUUCUAUGUUGGGAAGUGUAACACUACAGGUUGUAUAAGAACAACAUGCAAAGAAAAUUAUUUUGUUAGUGAAACUUUAUACUGUUCAGAAGAAAACUUAGAGAACAAGAAAGAGGUCAAACUCUCAGUUAUUACAAUAGUUCCUAAUAGAUGGGAACAGUCAUGUAAUGACAGGGAACCAUCAAGCAGUGCUAAACAAGGAAUAAAAGUUGACACUGAUAUAGAAACCAGAAUAUCUACUGAAAAUGAUACAUGUACAUCAAAUAAGAGUGAAAACUGUAACAAAAAUAGAUGUGAUAAUGAUAAUUCAGGUCAAGAUACUAAACGACUAUGUACAGAGGAAUUAAAGAUGAAAAAUGAAUAUUCUAAUUCUCUAUCAACUUGUGAUAAUUUAGCAAUAUCCGAAGAUUUGAACAAACAGCUUGAAAUCUUACACAAGUCUUUCAGAGACAAACAUUUCAUUUUAGACAUUGACCUUGAUUUCUUUUCAACUCAGAAUCCAUUUAGAGUUAUGUACUCAGACAAAGUCUAUGGAAUGCUGAAAGAUCUGUAUAGAUUUGACAAACCUAAGAACUUAUCAGAUGAAGGAAUAUCUAAAUGUACCAUGGAGAGACAGAAACAGUUAUCAGAACUGAAAGCAGUGUUUUAUAAGAUACAUCAGGAUAGAAAUGCUGAAAUUGAUCAUCCCAGCAAAGAUUUAAUACUGAUCCUUAAAGAGGCUAUAUCAAAUAAAGAGGAGAAUCCUGAUUUUCAGUUACUACAUGAAGCAGGAUGCACAUGUGAUGACACAGAGUUACCACAUCAUGUCAGCUCUGAAGGGGAGAUAACUCUACUCAUAUCUGCUGUCCAGGAAACUCUUAGCCACUUUCAUAAACCUGUGAUGGUUACAAUGGCAAGAUCCAGUAUAACAGAUGAAUACUGUCCACCAGAUCAAGUUGAAUCAAUACAAGAACAGACAUUAGAAAUGCUACAAGAUUUAUAUUUAGAAAUAAAUGUUACAAAUGAUUAUGAUGAUCGGGAUGACAAUGUUUAAAAAAGCUGAUGCCUAUUUAAAUGACAUCUUAUCCAUAGAUAUGUAUUUGGAAUAGUGAACUUUUGUUAAUUUGGUGCCAUAAUCAUAUCCAGAGUUGUAUACUGUACCCCAUACACCAGAUGUUGCUGUUACUCAAUGCACCAUUCUCUCCAAUAACAGAAUAAAAAGAGCAGGGAUCCAGUCACAAUAUUUGGUACACUAAACUGUGAUUCAGACAUAUCUAAUAUGUCUGUUCGAGUAAAAACUUCUAUGGCCACCAGUAAUCAGCAAUAUCUGGUAUACAGGGAUACCGUUAAGGAGAGAGGAUAUUUCUUUCAUUUAUUUUUAAGUCUAUCUUCAUUGAUAACUUCAGAAUUUGUGUUGCAUUGAGAUCCAAGAAACUACACAUAGUGAAUCGAAGAAGUAACACUCUUUGGACAGAAACUGGGUAGUAAUCAUUGUGAAGGACUGAACAAUUUAUAUGUUACCAUGACAUAUUACAUUUGCAAUGCUACCUCUGGUGGAUUGUUUUGCUGUUUAUCUGAAAUCCUAUAUGGGUUAGUGGCAUUACUUUGUAUCCUUCACUUUUGUUUAUGUUGCAAUAGGAAAUGUAUGCAAGAAAUAAAUCAGGAAUAUAGUCAAAAUAAUCAAAUUAUACAUACUUUCUAUGUAAAGGUCAUAUUACUCAUACUGUAUAUACAACACUUUUUGAGUUGCCUGUGAUAUUUGCGAUUACACAUGUGUUUGUUUAGUAUAAAAGUAAUCAAUAAAAACAUGAAAAAGAAUUGAA